ACAUUUUAGUGAUGUCUUGAAUUAUGACAUACGUAAAUUAUUUAUUAUUUAAAACAUUUCCGAGAUAAUGUUGAUUCCAUUUAGAUUACGGAAAGUUAGCAUAAUUAUUUUAAAUUCGAAACGGGGAUGAAUGUAAAUAAAUUAUUAAGUAAAGCUUUCAGCAGUAAGUACUUGUUAAUGACCAACAUAAGUUUAUCGAUCUCCUUAUCAGCAGUUGGAGAUUUGUUAGAACAAAAAUACGAAAUAUUAACUGAAGAUUUGGAUGAAUUGAAUUUACGAAGAACGAAAAACUUGGCGAUAACUGGGUUACCAAUAGGAUUGGUAUGUCAUUUUUGGUACAAAUAUUUAGAUAAAUUUCUUCCGGGUUAUACGUUACGAGUGGUUACGAAAAAAGUGAUAGCCGAUCAAUGUAUAGCGUCCCCGUUGUGUAUAGCAACUUUCUUUCUUUCCAUGCAAUAUUUGGAAGGCAAAAGCAAAAGUGAAUUUAUAGAAGAAGCCAAAGAAAAAUCCGUGAAAUUGUAUGCAGCCGAUUGGAUGAUUUGGCCUCCAGCUCAGUUUAUAAAUUUUUAUUUGUUACCGUAUCAAUAUAGAAUUUUAUUCGAUAACAUGGUUUCUUUAGGGUUUGAUGUUUACACUUCGCGAGUUAAACAUUUAACUAAAGAAAAAGUUAAAUCCUGUCACGGUUAACAACUGCAUUUAAAUAUUUUCAAACCAAAAUGUCUGUGAUAAAUAAAGGAUAUAUAUUUGAUAAUAACUUGUUUUAUUUAUGAUUUACGUUAUAUAUUUCUCUAAUAUUCCUAAUUUACAACUGGUGAGAGCAAUUUAGAAGUGGAAAUGAGGUAUUCGAAGACGAAACAUUGUCAGGAUGUACUUUAACCUCAAAAAUAAAUUUACACUGUUUGAAACGCGUUUCGAUUAUCUAUUUAUCAUCCUCAGAUACUGAAAGUAAAAGAUUUCAAAGUAAUAAAGUACUUAACGAAGAAUUUAAGGUCACGUACAGGUUUUUUUAGAAAAGAAUACCAAAUUUGUUCCAAAAUCUUUAACCGAUAACCAAAUAAUAAAUCCUUUUUUGAUUUGUUCAAAUUUCUAACACAAUCUUCAAUUAAAUCCGAAUUUUAUUGCCAGGAUUGUUAGCGGUGAUGAAAUUUGGGUCUCCGACAACUAUCUUCUCGUUCAAAAGAGACUUAACGUUAAAAGUCUUAACAUAAACUUGAUUUUCUUCGAUUUUAAGACAAACUAAGAUCAGAUUUUCCAAUAGGGGAUGUAGAAACGAUUUCCAAAGAAAAAAAGGGGCUAAUAAAUGUUUUCUUCGUCACGAUAACAUUUCAGGUGACAAGUUGAUUUUGUUUUAAGGGUUUUAGGCCAGUAAAAGUGUAUCAAAGUCCCUUUUUUACCAGAUUUAACACCGUCAGAUCUGAUCCAGCUAGAGGUUGUCGAUUAUCGAAAAGGUUCUCAAAGGACUUAAGAAGAAUAAAUAAUAAAACGAAUCAAAAUGGAU